GUGUGACCCCUGUGUGUGUGUGGAGGGGAUCAAUUGAUUGAUUGAUCGAUCAAUCGAUUGUGGGGACUUGGUGGCCGAGCCCCAGAAGAGCAGCUGGAGUGUGAGGGUCACUGUGUCCGUGGGUCCCGUGGGCAUGAGGGACGAGAUUGCCGCCACCGUGUUCUUCGUGACGCGGCUGGCGAGGAGGCACGGCCAGCUGAGCCAGGAGCGGCUGGAUGAGUUUGCCGGCCGGCUGAGCAGACUACUGCUGGACGCCUACCAAGCCCACUGGUACCGCCACCAGCCCUGCCGCGGACAGGCCUUCAGGUGCAUCCGGAUUAACCACCACCAGCAGGUCGACCCCCUCCUGGAGCGCGCCUGUGCCGAGAGCCGCGUGGACUUUGCCCACCUGGGCCUGCCGAGGGAGAUGACCAUCUGGGUGGACCCACUGCAGGUGUGCUGCAGGUUCGGGGAGAAAAACCCGCCCUUCCCGGUGGCCGAUCUGGCCGGCAGGGCCCGGUGGCAGGUAGCCCAGCAGAUCAGCCGGGCCGUCGACAGGGCCACGGCGGACUACGGUUCCGGCUCCUCUUCGGACGAGGAAACGUACAGCAGGGAGCCGCGGGUCAUCCCCAAGGUCCGCAACCCCAAGAGCGUGUACCAGGUGAACACAUUGGCCCUACCCACCCCGCACCCGUGGCUCCUGUAUUCCCGCCGGGAGGGACUGCCCGAAGGCCACCCGCAUGCCUCGGUUGGGCCCAGCUGCGUCUGCUACAAGGGCCACCGAGUGACCCCUGCGCUGGCCGGACCCCGGCUCGAUCGGUACCAUUGGGUCAACGCCAAUCACUGAGACUGUGGCCGAGCCUCCCCACCUAGGGCGGGGGGUGAAGAUCGGGCCCUGGCGGGAUGGGAGACGGUUUUAAACUGAAGAGAUGCUUUUUUAAAUGAAAUUUUACGUACGAUGUUUGUAUGGUAGUGGGCGAGGGCGGCCUACCCCCAACCCCAGCUACGGGUGAAAAGUAAA